ACUGAGGUGAAGUUUUGGGUCUGUUAUUCAAAUGGAAGAUCCUUCUGUGUGUUUCAUCUCUUUCCUCUUCCUUUUGCCUUUCCUUCUGUUCAGUAUAAAAAUGUAUUCCUAAUUAGCAUAAAUUAUUUAAAGACAAACAACACUGGAUUUUCUAGAAAGAGCAAAGUCAAAAAUGCUUUAGUGAAAUCAGCACUUUCUUGCCUGUUUGUUUUUAAUAGCUGAAAACAGCAGAAAAGGUGCUGAUGCUGCCAGAAUUGUGUACUCUCUAGGUGUAUUGACAUUUCUUUAAUGUAGUUUUGUACCUGUGCCUUAAGCUGCAUGGUGAACAAAUUAUUCUUCCUUUGAACAGUAUAGUUGCUUUACCUCUGAAAAUUUUCAGGUAAACAACUAGUCCCAUAUAUUUAUCCAGUAGAUAAAUUCCAGUGCAUGUUGUUACUGCUGAUAAUGUAGACUACUUUCUCUAUUUCUGUCAGCAGUAAGGAAUAUUCCAAUUAUGUUAUUCAAGGAAUAUUUGGAAUGGUGCAUUAUGUCUUGCAGUGCUGUGUUUAGUAAUUUUUCUGUGUUCUCAAAUAUACCAACUAAUACUCUUACAGCAAAGAACAGGAUACAAAUGAUUUCAUGACAGGUUCUGAUAUACCUUUUUUGAAAUAUAGUAUUUUAUUCUGGUUAUGCAGAGGCAAAUCAGUUCUCUUGUUCUUAGCUAAUGUGAUGGUGCUGAUCAUCCUCUUUGUCCACCUCUCUUUCUGCUCUGGAGAUCUAUGGUUCUUGGUUUUCAGAGAUCCUGUGUAAGGCAAGAUGGCUUUGUACUUCUCAGGCACUCAUCUUAGGAAGGCACAGCAGGAGAAUAGUCCAUGCAAGAUGUAUGUGUUUCUGCAGUUCUUGACUUUCUGUUGAAAACUUGUGCAUAUCUCUGCGUGUUUGUUUUACUCUGCUGCAUCUGUAUUUUUUUCUUUACAAAAAAAACCCCACAUGGUUCUUUCGCAUGCCUUUGCUUUUUAGCGUUGACCUUACCUCAUCUCUGUGUGGACCUGUGGGUGUCCACUGGAGCUGUGCUGCAUGUGUCUGUUACCUCCUUGGCUGAGGUUUCCUUAGGCAAGAAACUCAAGUCUGGGGUGUCAGACCUUUGCAGCUAUGCAUACUUUUUUUGGAUUGUUUUGUGGGGUGUUUGUGUGAUUGCUUGUGUGUAUACAAAGACAACAUUCUCAGGAACCUGCAUUUUACUGUUAUAACUCUCUGUAUUCUUCAUCCCCAAAUACAAAUUCACAGACUUUUCAAAUGAACACGUAGUUUUGAAACUCUUUUGAGUCUGGCAGUAUUGUGCACUUUGUACCGAGAAAAGAGGAGAAAAUAGAUUAUAUCUUGAAUGCAAGAGGCAAUUUUGCAGGAUAUGCAUAUGCAUGCUUAGGUAUAUGUGAGCUGUUGAAGGACUUAAAUGCUGGAAAUACAGUAAAAUCAGCAUUUCUGGUACCUGCUAACUGCUGGCAUCACAUUCUUCCCCUGUGUUCACAGUGCAUGUCCACAUGUAAAUCUUUUGAGAGUUGCUACCAUUUAAUAACUUUUAACUGAAACCUGUGCAUUGCGUCUGUAGGGAAAAAGUUGGUUUGCUUUAGAGCAUUGCCUUGAGAGACUGUGCAAUAUGUUAGUAAUAGAUGUACCCAUUUUAUAUUUAACUACUGUCUCGUGAUGCAUCUGUAUUUGCUGUCUGUCUGAUCUUCUGUGCUCAUUUUUGCUGGCUUUUGUCUGCAGGAAUGCAGAAAGAAAAAAAGUUAAUCUCAGUUUACAAGGGAGCAAUCUACUAGAAGCUGUGACUGAGUUUCCCGGUGGAGUUUUAGGAUUCAUUGAUCUAGAUUUCCACGCUGUUGUGGUUCUUUGGAUUUGUUUUUUUUUUUUCUUGGAAAUGGUAGGUCUAGGAAGCAGCUGCCGAGGGAUGAAGUCUUCGCCUCUCCUCAUGGCUGCACUUGUGGCAUGCAUCAUUGUUUUGGGUUUCAAUUACUGGAUUGCAAGUUCUCGCAGCAUGGAUCUGCAGGGUCGAGUCAUGGAUCUGGAAGGUAAAGUCCGGAAGGCAGCAGCAGAGAGGGGUGCUGUGGAGCUCAAAAAGAAUGAAUUCCAAGGGGAGUUAGAGAAGCAGCGACAGCAGAUUUACAAAAUCCAGUCCUUGCACAGCUUUCAGAUGGAAAAUGCCGAGAGAGCACGUCAGGAAGAGAAGGCAAUACUGCUGAGAAACAUCACAGUAAAUGAUCGACUGAUUCAGAAUCUACGAGAACACUUGAAAGAGUUACAGACAGAAUAUGGAAAGCUGCAGUUGGAUGUUUAUUGGUUUCAAAAGAACCAGACUAACCUUCAGAGGAAGUUCUCAUAUGACCUGUCACAGUGCAUCAACCAGAUGAAAGAAUUAAAAGAACAAUGUGAAGAAAGGAUAGAUGAACUUACAAAAAAGGGUAGUGAUGUACCACAAAUCAAAGAAAACAAAGAAUUCUCAGAAGAUUCAAAAAAAUAUAGCCAGGUCAAUAUUCAGCUGCCAGCCUUGAAGCAAACUGAGUUCAAGCACACUGACUUGGAACAGCAGAAACCCACUGAAGAUGUACCUAAAGCAGUACCCACACUAAGACAAACAGACUUGAUGAAGGCUAAAGAAAGAAUAGAUGGCCAAGCUGACAUCAGAAAACAGGAGCCUAAGGCAGAAGAGGAGCAGCUUUUUAGUCAGUUGAAAAAACCACAAGAUCCCCUCAAGGCUGCUGCAGGUCACAAGGAGAUGCUACCUGAAUCAGAGAAGGAGCCAAAUCCAUCUGGAAAUGAAAAACACGUAGCUGGGCAAGAUGUGUUACAGCCAGCACCAGAGCAGGCUGCCAGUGAGGAAGUUGAGAGGGAACAGCUCCUAAACUACGAUGCUAAGCAGGACGACUUGUCCCUGGGAAAGGCCGUUCAAAACCCUGAAGAUAUGAAGAACCAGUUAUCUGACCAUGGUGAAGGAGGACAGUUGUGAACAAAGGAGGUUCAUGACGCAACUUAGUCACCUCUUCAUCUAUAUGCAGCAAUGAUGAGAGCAAAGUGAUCUGAGAAUGUUUUGAUUACCUUCUUGAGGCUUGAAUAAGGGCCCAAAUGAAGUACUAUCUUCCUGUGAAGUUUUGGUACUGUUUCAGUGGGGGAAAAAAGCAAUCUGAAAUCUCUGGAGGCUUGUUAAAACAGAUGACAUCUGCACUGACUCUCUCCUUCCUACUGAUUAUAAAACUGAAAUCAGCAAGCAAUAAAUGUAGUAACUUUGAAGUUGGCUAUAGUCAUACUACAGUAAUGGUAUAUGUGGAUUGUUGGUACAUGAGCAACAGUCCUCUGCCAAGGAUGGAUCUCUCUCCGGAGCAACGCACAACGAAGAAAUACCCAGCCUAGUUUCAAGAACUUAAGAGGAGCUAAGCCACCGAACAUGGGAAGGAUGAAAAACAGUCCAUGCUGCAAUCUACCCUUGUGCCCCUGGCACUUUUUUACUGCAACAUAAAUACACUCAGAAAACAGAAUGAUAUAUUUCACCUGGGCCUUCUGAAUUAAGUUUCUAGUUUACACUGUCUGGAUGAGUUCUUAGCUUCAAGGUUAAAAAAAAAAAUCAAAACAAUUCUGAUAAUAGUGCCUUCUUUUUAAGAGAUUAGGCAGGAAGAUUUUUCUGAAAGCUUUGUUGGACUCUAGUUCACAAGUUCAGUAAUACAGUAUGAUUCAGUUACCACUAACUUGCACAAGUUUAGCAUAAAAAUUCAAACUCACAAACUUUUUGUGACAGAAGCCCUCUGAAAUGGUGUGCUACCCUUUACUCCACCCAACCACUAUCUUCUGGUAAAAUGUAGGAAGGCAAACGCUUGCUUUGUUAGAACAGCAAUCAUCCUAGUUGUUCAGUGUGAAUAUUCCUCUCUGCUGGACUUUUGAAGGAGGUAAACCAGACUAAGCAUUUAGAAGACAUGGCAGUGACUCCUACAGGUGAAGCUGUAGUCGUUGUGAAGUCCUGUGUUUAUCACAAUCUAUCAUCUUGUUAAUUUUCUGUAGUCUUCUCUUUUCUGUAACUUGUUCAAUGUAAACUAGAAACUAGUUUACUUGCAGUAACCUAGAAAUAUCCUCUACUUACCACUAGGGCACCCUUUAUUGCAGUCCAACCUCCAUGUCUGUAGCCAGCUGUUUUGCAGAAUUUUUGUAUUUGUGUCUGUUCCCAAGACUGACAUCUGUGUUUAGAGCAAUCUUUGUGAGUAUGAACCAACCUCUGUUUAGACAGCAGACAGCUGUGCCUAACUUGCCAACGAGCAAUUCCAUUUAAGAAAAUAUAAAUUUGUCUUUACUUUCCCUUUCAUUUUGUAACUAACUCCUUUUGUGAUGUCAGUCCUCAGUGUACUACUUUACAACUCCUGAACCUUAAGAUACCUAAAUAUGCAAGUGGAAGGUUGGCUCUUUUGUGUAUGAAAAAAGUCUUAGUUCUCAUCAAGUGAAGGUCAGAGCUUAAGUCAAAUGGUGCCUAUUAAGCCCAAACACAGAAACACUUUUACUGAUAGUUUUUCACCAUCUAAGUCAGACUUAGGUCUAGGCCACUACAGUCAACACAGCAGGGAAAAACAAAUGCUUGUAAGCAGAAGAGAAGAGUUUUGAGCAUCUGUUCUGGUAUUGGGAAACUUGGAUUAUUGGCUUUUUUUUUUUUUUUUUUUUUUUUGCAAAUAAUGGCAUGUUUUAACAUCAAAAUGUUUACCCAUAUUCUGGAUGAUAAAAUUAUUUACCCAUCUUCUCAGCAUUUUCAUAGAACUUUAUCUGUAAACAGUUAUGCCUCUCAGAUUAAGUUGAUCAGCAAUUUAAUAUUGACUGCUAAAGAGCAUAUGUUCUACAAGUAUAAAAGACACAGUGAAACACUGUAUUCAAGUUGAAUUAAUAGCUUUACCAUUAUCAAGUUCAGAAUCCCAAAGAAAAACUACUUAAUUAGUAUAUUGCCAGAGAGCUCUUUUUUUAAAACUGUUUUGGCUGUAUUUCUGUACAUCUUUGGGUUUCUCUGAGCCACCUGGACACUGUCCUCCAUAAACAAGACCAUCUUUGUACAAGGCACACUUGUAGACCUCUGAAAACCUGCAUAAAAGCAAUGUUCAAAAGCA